AUGGAUCUUCAACUGUGCCCGUACAAUUCGUAUGGUAAAGGGCAAUGCAAAGGGAAGACUGCUUUGCUGUUCUGCCUCACCGGCAACGAGGAGUUUCCAAUGUCUCGAAAGGGUGAUCUUUUUGGAGCAACAAGCACUCUGUUGGUGCAGUUGCCCUGCAUGAAGUUGGAGUUCGAUGGAGUCAUCACACUUAAUGAGCCAUACAAGACUUUGGUUCCAGCAUCUUUAUAUCAUUGUCACGGAAUUAACCGUCUGGUGAUUCCUACAAGAGAUUACUGCUUUGCACCAUCACUGAAUGAUACAUGUUGUGCUGCAGACUUCAUUCAUGAUACAAAUGACAUGAGUCAUAAAACUGUUGAAGCCGGAUACACUCAUCCAAAUCUUCAAGAGAUAUUUUUUGUUGAAAUCUUUGUGUCAUUUCCUGAUGCAGCGAGUUUAGCAAAUGCAUACAUGGACCAUUGGGAUCACGUUCAUGCAUGA